AUGGCAACAAAGAGCAAGGGUCGCCAAAAGAUUGUUAUGGCGAAAAUGAGCAAGGAAAGUAAUCUCAGGGUUACAUUCUCCAAGAGGCGUUCUGGGUUAUUCAAAAAAGCUAGUGAGCUUAGCACCAUGUGUGGUGUAGAGAUUGCAAUCGUGGUCUUCUCUCCUCGGAAAAGAGUGUUCUCAUUUGGACAUCCAAAUGUGGAACAAAUCUUUGAUAAGUUCCUCGAUGCUCAGAACCCUAGUCCAACCAAUUCGACUAGCCUUCAACUUGUACAGGCUCUUCGCAGUGCAAGGGCUCGUCUACUGAACACCCAACUCUCUAAGUUGCUUAACCAUUUGGAGGAGCAAAAGCAACAAGGGAAGGAGCUCUGA